GGAAGAUAUUCCUAAUAAAUUGUGAGUUUUGUUCACUGAAUUUCUAGGAUUCAUGUACCUAAGGAGGUGUCCUGGGGUACAUUUACAGGGGGUAUUUUUAGCGUGAGACACGGCGAUGUCAUAGCUUGAGAUUUAGGUAGCUGCGUCGCAACAUCAAACUGACAACUUCCCAUUUAUAUCAUUCCUAUUCCUUUGUCAUCAAUAUUAACUCUGAACGGCCAAAUUUAUCGAUCGACUAUUCCUAGUAUUUUUCCUUUUUUCUUCUUAGUGUAAUACCACAAAAGCAAAACACCAUGGCUGGAGAUCCUCGCGCAUUGCUACAGAAGGCUGACAAGGCGCUCGCCGGCGCCUCGGGCGGUUUCAGUUUCUUCGGCGGCCGAGAAGAGAAGUAUAUGAACGCGGCCGACCUGUAUAUCGAAGCGGCGAAUUCCUUCCGGAUCCAGAAGAUGAACCGGGAGGCCGGUCAGGCAUUCGAAAAGGCGGCUGCAGUGCAAAGUAAGCAACUCAACGAACCGGACGAUGCUGCGAACACCCUAGUCGAUGCCUUCAAGGUGUAUCGGAAAGAGAACCCAGAAGAUGCCGUGCGAUGUCUCGACUUCGCUGUCAACCAGUACUGCAAGAAGGGGAAUUUCAGGCGGGCAGCGCAGCAUAAAGAGAGCAUGGGUGAAGUCUUCGAGGUCGAGGUGGGCGAUACGAAGCGCGCGCUCGAGUGCUAUGAGGCAGCCGCUGGAUGGUAUGAAGGAGAUAACGCCGGAGCCUUGGCGAACAAACUCUGGCUUAAGGUGGCAGAUAUUGCCGCGAUCGAAGGCGACUAUUACAAGUCGAUCGAACACUACGAGAAAGUCGCAGGGGCAUCUAUUAACAAUAACUUGAUGCGCUACUCAGUUAAGGAUUAUUUCCUCAAGGCCGGCAUCUGCCACUUAGCGACAGGCGAUUUGGUCGCUACGAACCGUGCGCUCGAGAAAUUCCGAGACCUAGAUCCAACAUUCCCUAGCACCCGAGAGCACCAGUUACUUGUGGACCUAGCAGGCGCCGUCGAAGCAGGUGACCAGGAUCAGUUUACGGAUAAGUUAUUCCAAUACGACCAGAUGAGCAAGCUUGACAAGUGGAAGACUACCAUUCUUGUACGGGUCAAGAACAGCAUCGAAGAGGCCGGUGAGGAUUUCUCUUAAGUGGACUUAAGGCGCAUAUAAUACCCAUGGAGGAAGCUGUAUACAAGAAGAGCCAGCUAAACUGAUAUUUCGGUGUUGGGAUUGGGCGGGAGAUACUACCACAGCGCAACAUGAUCUUGCAAAUCGCAAGAUAAAGACAUGCUUGCAACGUCUUGGUUUAGAAACAGGCACCGUGGCAAACUAGCUACUAUUCACAAGAGACUGCAUAUUAUCAACCUCAUAGUCGGCAUGAGAAAGUAUUAUAUCUAUUCUCCAUGUUUAU